AUGCGGAUUCCGUGUAUAUUACGUCCACUUCUCGGAUGGUUUUUCGGUUUGGCUAUUCUAUUUUCAGCUCUUUUCGGUAACUAUAUUAUCACUUUAUUCCUUGGUCUUCCGAUAUUCGGAAAGCAUAGAGCAUGGCGAAAUUUGAUGGAUCGUGCGAUUUCAUAUUGGAUGACGAUUCCAAUGGGAUUGCUUGAAUUUGUGAUGGGUGUGAGGGUACGUGUCAGUGGAGAUGAAAUAGAAUUUGGGAGUCCUGCAUUGAUUGUGAUGAACCAUCGGACGAGACUUGACUGGAUGUACAUGUGGUGUGCAUUAUACCAAGUCAACCCCUGGCUUAUCACCUCCAAUAAAAUUUCUCUGAAAGCUCAACUCAAGAAACUGCCGGGAGCUGGUUUCGGAAUGGCUGCUGCUCAGUUUGUAUUCCUUGAACGAAAUGCAGAAGUUGACAAGAAAUCAUUCGACGAUGCAAUUGAUUAUUUCAAGAAUAUUGGAAAGGAUUAUCAGAUAUUGUUGUUCCCUGAAGGAACUGAUAAGUCUGAAUGGACAACUCUGAAAAGUAGAGAGUUUGCGAAGAAGAAUGGUCUCCGGCAUUUGGAAUACGUACUUUAUCCGAGAACUACUGGAUUCCUUCAUUUACUCAACAAAAUGAGGCAACAAGAAUACGUCGAUUACAUCUAUGACAUCACCAUUGCCUACCCAUACAAUAUUGUGCAAUCUGAGGUAGAUCUUGUGAUAAAAGGAUCCAGUCCCCGAGAGGUGCAUUUCCAUAUUCGGAAAAUUCCAAUCUCUCAAGUUCCACUAAAUGAAACUGAUGCAUCUAAAUGGCUGACAGAACGUUGGGCUGUAAAAGAGCAACUUUUGCACCAAUUUUACAGUGAAGAGCAACCAAUCAACCGGCAGUUUCCAGUGGAAAGAGGAGAUGGUGUAUGGAGAAGUUGGAAAGAACCUCGACGUCAUUUCUAUGUGAAAGUGACAGCCCUCUGCUUCUGGUGUCUUGUCAUCGCUUUCUGUUCAUAUCACAUUUUCUUUGUGAGAACGUUACAGCUCGGUUUCCUAUACUUCUUCAUCGUCAGCAUGUUUCUCAAUUGGCGAUACGGUGGAAUUGACAAGUAUAUCAUUGGAAAAUGGCAGCAAUCAAACGAAGCUCUUUUGAGACGUUCUGCUUCUUUAUCUUCGUUAUAA